UUCAUUCACUGCUUCCUUUCGCGCCGGGUAACCGGAGAGCCGUGCGUCCAUGUGCGCAGCGACUGGGAAUUGAUAGACCUCUGAAAUAUUAAGAUCCGAGCCGUAAACAGUUUUCGUGAUGGAUCCCGACGCUUUGGUUGAGGCCCUUCGGGGUACCAUGGACCCCAAUCUGCGGGAGGCCGCGGAGCGACAGUUGAACGAGUAUCACUCCCAUGUAAACUUCAUGUCCACUCUGCUGCGAGUCACCAUGUCGGAUCAGCUGGACUUACCUGUCAGACAAGCAGGAGUAAUUUACCUUAAGAACAAGAUAGUUCAGCACUGGAGUGAUGGAGACUCUUCAGGCACAGAAACGCCCGUCAAUAACAUCCCCGAGGAAGACCGGCAGUUCAUUCGAGACAACAUAGUGGAGGCAAUCAUCCAGUCCCCUGAGCGCAUCAGGGUUCAGUUGACGACGUGUAUCCACCACAUGAUCAAACAUGACUACCCCGGGAAGUGGACGAGUAUUGUGGACAAGAUCGCCUUUUAUCUGCAGUCAGACAACAGUUUAGGAUGGCUGGGCAUCCUGCUCUGCCUCUACCAGCUUGUUAAAAACUACGAAUAUAAGAAACCAGAAGAGCGCCAGCCUCUCGUGGCUGCCAUGCACAUCUUCAUGCCCAUGCUGAAAGAUCGCUGUAUCCAGCUGCUGCCCGACCACUCCAGUGAUUCUGUGCUCAUACAGAAACAGAUCUUCAAAAUCCUCUACGCCCUCUUCCAGUACAACCUCCCUUUGGAACUCAUCAACAGACAAAAUCUGACAGAAUGGAUGGAGAUCCUGAAAACAGUAGUAGACAGAGAUGUGCCCCCAGAGACGAUGCAGAUCGAUGAAGAUGAGCGACCUGAGCUGCCGUGGUGGAAAUGUAAGAAAUGGGCCCUUCACAUUUUGGCUCGGCUGUUUGAGAGAUAUGGAAGUCCAGGCAACACGACUAAAGAGUACACAGAAUUUGCUGAACUUUUCCUAAAGGAAUAUGCAGUUCCUGCCCAGCAGGUUCUGCUGAAAGUCUUAUACCAGUACAAGGAGAAACAAUACGUGGCUCCAAGAGUGCUCCAGCAGACACUCAACUACAUCAACCAGGGAAUAGCACAUGCUCUGACAUGGAAAAGCCUCAAACCACACAUGCAGGGCAUCAUUCAGGAUGUGGUUUUCCCCCUCAUGUGUUACACAGAUUCAGACGAGGAGCUUUGGCAGGAAGAUCCGUAUGAAUACAUCCGCAUGAAGUUCGAUGUAUUUGAGGACUUCAUCUCCCCAACGACAGCCGCCCAGACGCUCCUUUUCACCGUCUGCAACAAGAGGAAAGAAGUGCUGCAAAAGACCAUGGGCUUCUGUUAUCAGAUUCUCACUGACCUCGCGUCUGACCCCAGGAAAAAAGAUGGCGCCCUGCAUAUGAUAGGCUCUUUAGCUGAAAUCCUACUGAAGAAAAAGAUUUACAAAGACCAGAUGGAGUUCAUGCUGCAGAAUCACGUCUUCCCUUUGUUCCGCAGUGAGCUCGGCUACAUGAGAGCCAGGGCUUGCUGGGUGUUGCAUUACUUCUGUGAGGUGAAGUUCAAAAGUGACCAGAACUUGCAGAACGCUCUUGAGCUGACCCGAAACUGCCUGAUCAAUGACAAUGAGAUGCCUGUGAAGGUGGAGGCUGCCAUUGCCCUGCAGGUUCUCAUCAGCAACCAGGAGAAAGCCAAAGAAUACAUCGCCCCUCACAUUCGACCGGUGAUGCACGCACUCCUGAACAUCGUCAGGGAGACGGAAAACGACGAUCUCACUAAUGUCAUACAGAAGAUGAUCUGCGAAUACAGCGAGGAGGUCACUCCGAUUGCAGUGGAGAUGACGCAACACUUGGCAAUGACGUUCAACCAGGUGAUUCAGACGGGGCCUGAUGAGGAGGGGGGCGAUGACAAGGCUGUGACUGCUAUGAGCAUCCUCAACACCAUCGACACGUUGCUAAGUGUGGUGGAGGACCACAAAGAGAUCACUCAGCAGCUGGAGGGCAUCUGUCUGCAGGUGAUUGGCACCGUGCUGCAGCAACAUGUCCUGGAAUUUUAUGAGGAGAUCCUGUCCUUGGCUCAUAGCCUGACCUGCCAGCAGGUGUCACCACAAAUGUGGCAGCUUCUUCCACUUGUGUAUGAAGUCUUCCAGCAAGAUGGGUUUGAUUACUUCACAGAUAUGAUGCCUCUCCUUCACAACUACGUCACAGUUGAUACAGACACCCUCCUGUCUGACACCAAAUACCUGGAGAUUAUCUACAGCAUGUGCAAAAAGAUCCUGACGGGCGAUCCAGGCGAGGACCCCGAGUGCCAUGCAGCCAAGAUGUUGGAGGUGAUCAUUCUGCAGUGCAAAGGUCGUGGCAUUGAUCAGGUUGUGCCCUUGUUCGUGGGCACUGCGUUGGAGCGUUUGACACGGGAGGUGAAGACCAGCGAGCUGAGGACCAUGUGCCUGCAGGUGGCCAUCGCUGCACUUUAUUACAGCCCCCCUCUGCUCCUCAACACCCUGGAGAACCUCCGCUUCCCCAACCACACCGAGCCCAUCACGAAUCACUUCAUAACCCAGUGGCUUAAAGACGUCGACUGCUUCCUCGGCCUCCACGACAGGAAGAUGUGCAUUCUGGGACUCUGCGCCCUCAUGGACCUGGAGCACAGGCCUCAGGCUGUUAACCAGGUGGGCAGCCAGCUUCUUCCAGCAGCCAUUCUUCUGUUCAGCGGCCUCAAGCGGGCGUACGUCUGUCGAGCAGAGCACGAGAACGACGACGAAGACGACGACGAAGAUGGGGAAGAGGAGGAUGAAAACGCUGAGCUGGGCAGUGAUGAGGACGACAUCGACGAAGAGGGUCAGGAGUACCUGGAGAUGCUCGCGAAGCAGGCAGGAGAAGACGGAGACGACGACGACUGGGAGGAGGACGAUGCUGAGGAGACGGCACUCGAAGGCUACACCACAACUGUAGACGAUGAAGAUAAUUUAGUGGACGAGUAUCAGAUCUUUAAAGCCAUACUACAAAAUAUUCAAACCCGCGACCCGGCAUGGUACCAGGGCCUAACACAAGGCCUCGAUGAGGAGCAGCGUAAACAGCUUCUGGACAUCGGCACGCUCGCAGACCAGAGGCGAGCGGCACACGAAUCCAAGAUGAUCGAGAAGCACGGCGGGUACAAGUUUGCGACGCCAGUGGUGCCGUCCACUUUCAAUUUCGGCGGCACCGCUCCGGGAAUGAAUUGAGUCGUCUCUUCUACUUUUUUAUUACUCUGUGACUGAUUGUAGUGAAGUGAAAAACAAAAAGCUUGUGUUGUUCCCUUAAGUAGUGGUUCCAGAACUGGUUCUUCUGAGUCAUUCUUCAAUCUGUCAAAUGGGAAAUCGCUCCAGAAGAUGCAGGAAA